AUGGCCCCAAUCACGCCCUUCAACGCUUCGGAAAUUACGGAGAAGGCCCGGAGAGAUCUCCUACUUCUACUUGAGGGUAUCAGAGGGAAAAAGAAUCUUGUACUUGAAAAGCCGCUUGCAGGCCCGUUGAACCUGCUUGUCAAGUUUUCAACGCUCCAAGAGUAUGGGGUCGAUAAGCCUUUCUUCCUGGAGAACAACAAUGUCGACUCGUCACAGCGCAAUGUCGUCUUUCUGGUCAGAGGGGAGAAAGCGAAGACUGUGAUGGCAGUUGCAGAUCAGAUUAAGCGUAUACGGCGGGACAGCCAGAUUGAGCAUGAGUUCUCUAUCUUCUGGGUGCCCAGGCGCACCAUGAUCUCGGACCAGCUGCUCGAGGAGGCGGGUGUCCUGGGUGAAGCUAGUGUGAGCGAGUGGCCGUUGUUUUUCGUACCGCUUGCCGACGAUGUGCUGUCGCUAGAGCUAGAAGAUGCCGUAUCGGAUUUGUAUCUGAAGAAGGAUCCGACAUCGAUCUACCUUGCAGCAAAGGCGCUCAUGCUUCAACAGCAGAAAUACGGCCUCUUCCCUCGUAUCAUUGGAAAAGGCGAUAACGGCAAACGCCUUGCUGAUCUACUCAUCCGUAUGCGCACCGAGGUCACGGCGGGCGAGACUUCCAGCAGCGCCGGACCUUCAUUCUUAGGACUGACCCCGAGCUCGAAUAUAGAUAGCCUUAUCAUCGUUGACCGAGAAGUCGACUUCCCCACUGUUUUACUCACCCAAUUGACGUACGAAGGCCUUAUCGAUGAAGUCUUCAAUAUCUCUGCCAACCAGACAGAAGUCGAUUCAUCUGUGGUCGGCGGCGCAACACCACAGCCAGGCCAGACAGGCUCCGCAUCAACAAGCAUGAAGCGCAAGAUCAUGAUCGAUCCCAAAGACACUUUAUACAACGACCUAGGCGACGCAAACUUCGCUAUUGUAGGCAACCUUCUUAACAGAGUAGCUCGCCGUCUGCAAAGCAGCACGGAGCGUAAUCAGCUCGCCGCAAAAAGCACGUCUGAGUUGCGUGAUUUUGUUGCGAAACUGCCUGGCUACCAAGCUGAACAAGCAAGCCUAAAGUUGCAUACGAGCCUCGCCGAGGAAAUCAUAAAGUAUACACGAACAGACAUCUUCACACGGAGCCUAGAAGUCCAGCAAAACAUCAUGUCCGGUGCAGACCCCAUAACGCAACACGACACUAUUACCGAGCUCAUAAGCCGUGACGUUUCCCUUCCGACAAUUCUGCGCUUGUUGUGUCUAGAAAGCACGACAAACGCCGGUAUUCGACCCAAGGAUCUCGAACUCUUCAAACGCGCCAUAAUCCAAGCCUACGGAACGCAGCAUAUUCUCACGCUCGCGUCACUCGAGAAGAUGGGAUUGCUGCAACCAAGAGGAGGCGUGGGAUUAGGUGGUGCACCGGCCAAGCCGGGGAGUGUGACAAACUACACUCCGCUACGGAAGAGUCUACGCUUGUGGGAUGACGAGGUGAAUGAGUCCGAUCCCAACGAUAUCAGCUACACAUUCUCGGGCUAUGCGCCUCUAAGUGUUCGAAUUGUCCAAUCCAUCAUCCAGAAACAGACGCUUGCCAAUAUCAUCAAGCCGCCAUCCAACCCGCAGGCUUCGGCCCAAGCGAACCCAUUAGCGCAAGGGCUCAGGAUCUUCGACGAUGCGAGUAAGUAUGUUAGGGGCGCGACGUUUGAUGAGGUCCAAACAGGGGAGGAGAAGGCGGUCAAGGCGAGGAGUAUGUUGAAUGGGAGUCAUGGAGAUGCAAACAAGACGGUAGUCGUCUUCUUCCUCGGAGGUGUUACGAGGGCAGAGAUUGCGGCUCUGAGGCAUGUUGGCAGGAAGUUGAAGGAGGUCGGCGGGGAGGGGAGGGGGAGCCGUAUUGUAGUGUGCGCGACCAAUAUCAUUAGAGGGGAGCUUUUGGUCGGGAGCGCGGUGCAGACGGGUCGGUUCAAGAAUUGA